AAAUUAAUAUUAAUAUCGGGUGUCAUUGCUCACAGUUGUUUGUUCGAGUUCUCGUAAUAAUAUAUAAUUAAUUGUGAUAAUGUCGUCCAUACGUCCUUUACCUGCAGAAUUAGCUGAGAAGGCUCGUCAGGAGUUGAAUGAGGAUAGUAAGACAGUGAGCAGCGAUCUUCAACAUAUCAAGGAGUGGAUAAAGAAGCAGCCUCAUUUACGCGCUAGAACAGAUGAUCAAUGGCUGUUGGCAUUUCUGCGUGGAUGCAAGUUUAGUUUGGAGCGGACCAAAGAGAAGUUGGACAUGUAUUAUGCUUUACGUACGACAGCCCCCGAUUUAUAUAAAAUUAAUCAUAAACAUCAGUUGUUCAAUGAAAUUCUUGAUCUGGGCUCAUUCAUAUUUUUACCGAAAGGUAUUGGAUUGACGAAGCCGGCUGUAGCCUUAGUGCGACCUGGAGCUUAUGAUCCCAAUAAAUAUACAGUUUCUGAAGUUGUCUCUGUUUCCAAUGUAAUUGAAAAGAUUAUUCUCAUGGAAAAUGAUAAUGCUAUUAUAUCCGGAGUUCAAAAUAUCUUGGACUUAGAAAAUGUCACUAUGGGACAUUUUUUGCAAAUGACACCGGUUCAGAUGAAAAAAAUGGUCGUUCAUAUGCAGGAAGCGACGCCUUUUCGGGUAAAAGGAACUCAUUAUUUAAAUACUCCAAAAGGUUUUGAGGUCAUCUUUAAUGCUAUGAAGAAUUUGCUUAAUGAGAAAAAUAAAAGCAGACUCUAUGUUCAUAAUAAGAAUUAUGAAGAAAUGUACAAACAUAUUCCUAAGGAUAUUUUGCCUGCUGAGUAUGGUGGAAAUGGUGGAACAAUUAAAGAAAUCGUUGAAUAUUGGAAGCAGAAAGUGAGAGAAUACAGCGCGUUUUUGGAUGAAGAUUUACAAUAUGGUACGGAUGAGUCUAAACGACCCGGGAAACCCAAGACCGCAGAAGACAUGUUUGGUGUAGAAGGUUCUUUUAGGCAACUAGAAUUCGAUUAAUUGUUGACCAAUACUGAGGUGGUUCUCUGAUUGUGAACAUGCAAAACUUUGGUUGACUGAAAGUAAUUAUAAUUAAUUGUUUACUAAGAAAUUUGUGGGCUUGUUGUAUUUUAUGCUUAUUAAACUGUACAAUUAAAGAUUUUACAACAAUAAAUAAUG